AAGUGUCUGUCCCAGGCUCCCGCCCCACGGGAUCCAGGCCCCGGAGUCCCCGGCGCAAGGACCCACCUGGGCUUCUGGGUCCCCGCCCAUACCUGAACCCCGCAUGACUGCGUGCCUCAAGCCGACGCAGAGGCCUACUCUCGCGUUGCAGACGGAGAAACUGAGGCCGAGGGCGGCCGGGGCGGGGCCGACCUCCAGGCGAGCCCGAGCCCCCGCCCCCGGCCAGCCCCGCCCCGGCCCGUAAGAAGCACCCCGGGCGCGAGGCGAAGGCGCACAGCGCGGGACCGGGCUGGGGCCAGCAGCGCGAUGGCAGCUCAGCGGCUGGGCAAGCGCGUCCUGAGCAAGCUGCAGUCUCCGUCGCGGGCCCGUGGGCCAGGGGGCAGUCCCGGGGGGCUGCAGAAGCGGCACGCGCGCGUCACCGUCAAGUAUGACCGGCGGGAGCUGCAGCGACGGCUGGACGUGGAGAAGUGGAUCGACGGGCGCCUGGAGGAGCUGUACCGCGGCAUGGAGGCAGACAUGCCCGACGAGAUCAACAUUGACGAAUUGUUGGAGUUAGAGAGUGAAGAGGAGAGAAGCCGGAAAAUCCAGGGACUCCUGAAGUCGUGUGGGAAACCUGUCGAGGACUUCAUCCAGGAGCUGCUGGCAAAGCUUCAAGGCCUCCACAGGCAGCCCGGCCUCCGCCAGCCCAGCCCCUCCCACGAUGGCAGCCUCAGCCCCCUCCAGGACCGAGCCCGGACUGCUCACCCCUGACCCUCUCGCACUCUCCCUGCCCUGCCGACACCGCCCAGCUUGUGUAUAAGUUGUAUUUAAUGGUUCUGUAACAAUAA